AUGCCCAACUUUGCAAUUCUUGCUCUUUCUUCUGCCUUAGUCCUUAACCUGUGGAAGAGUCUUUCGGGUUCAGGAUCAGGAGGAGGAAGGAGUAGUGAAAGAAUAUCAGCACAAAAGCACAGAGGUAGAAUUGUUAUCUGCGGUCUUCUGAUUAAAAUGGCGAGAUUAUUAAGAAAGAAUGGUGGCAGUAGAAAGAAGAAUCAUUACAGUGACGGACUUGGCCGUAUAGACAGGAUAUCUGACCUACCAAGCAAUGUGAUUGAUGAAAUUUUAUGCCGUAUGACCACCAAAGAAAUAGCGCAAAUGAGUGUUUUGUCCAAAAAAUGGUACCAUAUCUGGUCCACCCAUCCAGUCAUUGUGUUAGAUCGUCAAUUCCAUGAGGACAUAAACCAAGACGAUUCAUCAGUCACUUAUGGUGGAUUCAAAAACAUCGUCAAUAAAAUACUGUUGCAACACAAUGGCCCUAUCGUCAAGUUUUUCCUUGACGUAUCAAGUGCUGAUUUAGACGAUUGGGACAUCGAUCAUUGGCUACGUUAUGUCUCUAACAAAGGUGUUAACGAACUCACCAUCGAUAACUCGUUUCAAUUUCCAUAUAAUUUGCCGCAUUUCUUGUUCAAGUGUGCGAAAUUGAGUUAUUUGAACGUUACCAAUUGCAACUUCAAGUUGCCACUUGCGUCUACAUCAUUUCAGAAUCUUGUUAGGCUUGAUCUAAAGCUAAUGUCUUUUAAUCAAAAGUUGGCGCAAAACAUCCUUGAGGCUCCACUUCUGUUGAUCUUGAUGAUUACUGGUUGUGAUGGUAUCCAAUUCCUUAAUAUCUCCGCGCCACGGCUACUUUGCUUGCACAUUGUUGACAGUCAUUAUGUGGAUUUGAAGCUUCUCAAAGCCUGUCCUGAGCUGAAAGUGGUGACUAUUGUGACAUGCAACAGAAUCUAUACCUAUGAAUUUUGGAGAAGGUUUACCUUGUUUCAGAUGAUUGCUUCUUUCCCUAAACUUACAGGGUUUUGCUUGGACGGUCUUUUUUUCAAGUUUGUAGUUCCAACUGUUGUUCCAAAGAGGCUUGAGGCUCCACUGGAGCAUUUGGUGGUUCUUAAAUUAGGGUUUUGUUUUGCUGAUAAAGCUCAGAUUUCAGCAGUUAUCUGCUUACUUCAAAGUGCUCCUCAUUUGCAUACACUUGAAAUCCAGGAAGAACUCUCAGAUGCUGAGGAGAUCAACGUAGACGCAGUUACAGAGUUUCUAACAGCACCAAACUGUGUAGAACAAGAUCUCAUGUCACUUGAGAAGAUAAAGUUAGAAGGUUAUGUGAACAACACAAUUGAACGUCAUUUCAUGAAGCUUUUGCUUGCUCGUUCUCCUUCACUUGUUGAGGUGAUAGUUGCGCCUUCGAGAUUUAUUGAAUAUAAUGGAAUUUGGCUCUUCUUCUUCGAGUUGUUGGAGUUCCCUCGAGCAUCGCAAAAUGUCAGUAUACUGCUUGGAUAG